GUAUACGACCUGUACAUGUUUCGGAAUCACGAACCAGCUUGCGCGGCGAAAAUUCCGGUUCAUUGUACAUAUUUUUGGCGAAGAUAGGAGCCUUGUGGAUCAAUAAUCAAUGUUAUGCGUCUGGUAAUCUCUACAUACAUCACUUGAUUUAGUUAUCGGAAUCAUGUCAUUGUCAGGGAAGCGCAUCUACAUGCUUCGUCAUGGACAGGCAAUGCACAACGUUGACAAAUUCUGGCCAGAGCGAGAUCCUCCUUUGACAGAGCUUGGGAUCCAGCAGUCCGAAGCCGUUGCACUUCCAAUUAUCCCGGACCUUGUUGUGUGUUCCCCCAUGAAGCGCACCAUUCAAACCAUGUACAAAGUUCUUUCCAAGCUCGAAUUAAACGAGGAUCCAAAAAUCGAGAUUUGGCCUGAUCUCCGCGAGGCGACUAAUGCUCCUCACAAUAACGGUAGCUCGAAAGCUGAUAUAUCGUCCGCGUAUCCCCUUCUUGAUUUUACACGAUGUAACGAGGAAUGGGAUUACGAGGAGAACACCGAAGAAAAUGUCACUGCAAGAGCAGCGGAGGUCUUAAAGGAGCUCAAAAGCAGACCUGAGACGAAUAUACUUGUUGUUGGACACCGAGUAUUGUUCUGGUACAUAGUUGGUGGAAAAAGAUUCGUCAACUGCGAGCUCCGAAAUUACGAGUUCAAUGAUACAGGGACCAUGGUACAAAUAGAAAUACUUUAGUGUAAUACCGAAACUUUAAACAUAGAAUCGACGAAAACUCACUAUUUUUAACUGCACACGACCAUUUUAAUACUUAGUGAUUCAAGAAAGCCCGGAGAAGUCAAGAUCUAUCUCUAUUCGAUGUACCAGCACACGACCAUAUUAUGUGAUAUAGUCAUUAGUGAUUGACUAUAUCAGAUUACAGGGA